UCGGUAGAUCUCAUUUCUCAAGAACUCAUAAAUCAAACAAGAUGGCAACUGUUCGGCACGCAUACCGCGAGGAUGUCCCCACCAUCCUGGGCUUCAUUCAGGCUCUGGCCGACUAUGAGAAGGAGUCCGAUGCUGUCAAGGCGACUGUCGAGUCUCUGGAGAACACAAUUGCGUUUGCGCCUUCUGGUGCCACCAGCCCUCAGAACUCCCUGCCCGUGACCGAGAGCAUCUCAUCAACUCGGCCUUCACGCUGUCUCCUUCUCUUCAAUGAGGAAGGCAAAGCCGCUGGAAUGGCCAUCUAUUUCUACAACUAUAGUACAUGGCGGGCCAAGUCUGGUAUCUACCUGGAAGACCUUUACGUUGACCCCUCACAACGCGGCAAAGGAUACGGCAAGACGCUGCUGUCCGCGCUGGCAAAGGAAGUUGUCGCCAUGGACGGCGGCCGUCUGGAUUGGUCCGUGCUGAAGUGGAAUGAGCCGAGCAUCAAGUUCUAUGAGCUCAUCGGAGCCACCGCAAUGAACGAGUGGGUGGGAAUGCGCGUUGACGGACCGACGCUGAACAAGUUGGCCAAUCUGACCGACUAAAUACCGUAUAUAUUCUGCAUUUGAAAGUCAAAAAUAAAGAAAGUUCCUGUCUUC